AUGGGAAAUAAACAAACCAUCUUUACGGCACAGCAGCUAGAUGCCUAUCAGGACUGUACAUAUUUCACAAGAAAGGAAAUUCUGAGACUCUUCUACCGCUAUCGGGAUUUGGCACCGCAGCUCGUUCCUCUUGACUACACCAACCACCCAGAUGUGAAGUUACCAUAUGAGCUGAUUGGCAGCAUGCCAGAGCUGAAGGACAACCCGUUUCGACAGAGGAUCGCUGAGGUUUUCUCUGAGGAUGGCGAGGGAAACAUGACACUGGACGACUUCUUGGACAUGUUUUCUGUCCUCAGUGAGAUGGCUCCACGGGACCUCAAGGCCUACUAUGCUUUCAAAAUUUAUGAUUUCAACAACGAUGACUUCAUCUGCAAGUCAGACCUGGAGAAGACGCUGAACAAGCUGACUCGUAACGAGCUGACAGAAGACGAGGUGAGGAUGGUGUGCGAGAAGGUGAUCGAUGAGGCCGACCUGGACAAUGAUGGCCGUCUGUCACUCGAAGAUUUUCAGCACAUGAUCGUUAGAGCUCCGGACUUCCUCAGCACUUUUCAUAUAAGGAUAUAAGCAAAUGAAGCAAUUCUCUACAUUUGCUACCUGGAAUAGCC